CGGUUCCCUUAUUACUUCAUUUCCCCUCUGAAGAAGCCACUCAAAUGUCAGAUUAGUUUCCAGCAGACAGACGGCUCUGCUUCGGUCACGGUCCUUUUCUAUGAAACGCUGAAAUGGCCAUUUUACCAAACGCUUGUGUGCAGCGACGCUGCCGCGGCGGAGGCGCGUCGUGGGUCGUGUGAGUGAAGUCGGGGGGCAGCCUCGGUCAUUAAGAAGUAACUCUUAGCUCGUUCCUGAAUUAGCUAACAGAAGAUGAAAUGCUAGUUUUGUAGCCUGCUUUCACGGCUAUUGGCUAACUCGGUGUUAACACGUAGCCUCGCUGGCACCAGAUGUUCCGUCAGAGUCCUGUCCGUUAGCUAACGUUGACACCCACAGAGAAACUUCAGCGAUGGAGGAAGUUGACAAAAUUCUGAUUCACGCCCUCAAACAAGUCGGCACGGAGGUGAGCGAGGACACGGCCAGCGUCAAACACCUCACCGGCGAGCUCAUCGUGGAGGCGGUGGCCCGAUGCAUCCGGGUGAUCGAUCCGGGCCUGGGCAGCCCGCUGCCCACAUCCCUCCCUCCGGGCAUGUCUGCCCGCUUCAGGGUGGGCACGAGCCUGGCGCAGGCCUGUCAGGACAUUGGUUAUAAAGGAGAGAUUGGCUACCAGACUUUUCUAUACAGCAAUGAGCCAGAGAUCCGGUCCCUGCUCAUGUUCCUGGUGGAGAAGCUGCCCAGAGAGAGGGCAGAGGCCUCAGACCAGCCGACAGGUAAAUCGGUGGUCCUUCAGAGAGCCGUCGCUGCUGCCAUUAAAGCUCAGCUGGCCGUUCCCUGGCUGCCUCCCAACUGCCGGCUGCCCCUGCACGCUGAAACACAGAGUCCCGUGGCUCUGCACUGCUUCCAUGCCCAACCUCUCAGUUUGCCACACUGCUCUAAAGGCCCAGGAAAGGAUCCGCUGAGAGAGGUACAGGACUACCAGCGAGAAAUCCUUCCCCCUGUGACCGCCCAGCCUUCCCAUCAUGCCUCUGUGGUGGCGUACAUACUGGAGCAGCACGCGGCCGAGCUGAGUGCUGCUCAGGAGUGGGACAACGAGUGGAACAGUCAGGGACUUCUGUCUCGUCUCACACCUCAGGAGUAUCGCUCCAGGAAACUGAUCCGGCUGCGUAAACGGGUCGAGGAGCAGCUGCAUUCUGCUGCGCUGCCCUCUGCUGAAGGGGACUUUGGUCCUCGCUCCACCUCGGACCUGUCGGACCUACUGCAGGCCUUCAGAGGCUCCACCCCCUCCGACCACAUCCUGGCCAAGGGCAGCAACUUCACCCACACACAGAAAUUCACCUUCACACAGCAGCCGGCUGCAGCAGUGACCGGCCCCUCCGUCCCUGCUGGCCACCAGUCUGAGAGUGAUGUCCAGCUCCGUCAGCAGGAGGAGCAGCUUUCCCUCCAGCAGCAGUUCCAGCACCUCUGCAGUGAAUUUGAAGAGCUAGCCGCAGACAUGAAGCACAUGAGGGUCACUAAUGCACAGGUGUUGGACGAGCUGAAGCAGAGAGAGCUCGGUAACUCUGAAAACGAGGAGAAGAUGCAGCUGAAGAAGAAAACGAUCGACUUGCUGCCAGACGCAGACAACAACCUACUGAAGCUUCAGGCGCUGGUGGAGGCCAGCGCCAAUCGAGUGGUGAACCUGGCCUCCCAGUGGGAGAAGCACCGCGCUCCACUCAUCGACGAGCACCGCAGACUCAAAGAGAUCUGCAGCAACCAAGAUCUGGAGUCGUCCAGGAAGCUGUCUGAAAUGAAGUCUCUGCAUGAUAAGAUCCGUGUGUCUACAGAGGAGGCCAAAAGGAAGGAAGAAAUCUACAAACAACUGGUAACGGAGUUGGAGAAUCUUCCUCAGGACGCGUCCCGCUCCGCGUACACGCAGAGGAUCCUCGAGAUCGUCAACAACAUCCAGAAGCAGAAGGAGGAAAUCACCAAGAUUUUGUCGGACACGAAGGAGCUCCAGAAAGAGAUCAACAGCCUGACCGGAAAGCUGGACAGAACCUUUGCGGUCACUGAUGAGCUGGUCUUCAAGGAUGCCAAAAAAGAUGAAUCCGUCCGCAAAUCAUACAAGUACCUGGCUGCGCUGCACGAAAACUGUAAUCAGUUGAUCCAAACCAUCGAAGACACCGGUACAAUCUUGAGAGAGAUUCGGGAUCUAGAAGAGCAGAUUGAGACUGAAAACGGUAGUAAAACUGUGGCUAACCUGGAGCGGAUUCUGGACGACUACAAGGCCAUUCGCCAGGAGAACUCCGCCCUCGCUGCCAAAGUCCGAGAAGGCUGAAGGACGCCGCGGUCGCUCCGCCUGCCGAGGCACAACCUGUGCUAGAAACCUGGAUCCCUGGAGCCGACUGGGACUGAAAACAGCACUCCGGUUUUCACACUGAAGACACCGUUGUUCAUUAACACUGCCCUCUGUUGCCAUGGGAGACGUGCUUUUCUUUAAGGCGGGCUCCUAUGGAACCACAGCAGUAACCCGGCAUUCCGAUGCACAAGCUGUAUAAACGGACAGAUGUGCUCUCUGAGAGUCGAUGCACUGUGCUGGACGCCCAAAUAACAGCCUUCAGUGGACAGCAGGGGGCGCUGUUCUCACGCCCACUCGUUCAUAUCAGUGUAAGGAAUGUUUUCAGAAGAUAUCUUGACAAGACUGAAAAAUCUUUAUUCAGGAAUUUUUAAUAUGAGACUUAAUCCCAUUUUCAUACACAAGCAAACAAUUUGUUGUCAUGAUUCUAUUCUAUAUGAACUGAAGCUGUUGAGUGAAUGGCAUUUGAUUGUAGUCCAUUAUUAAUGUUGUCCAGUCUCAUCAACUAAGUAUUGUUGUAUAUAUGGUACCAGCUUGAAUAAAGAUGCCUUACAAACUUGAA